UUAUUAGUGAUUUGUUAAUUAUACGUCAGACACUGUUGUUGUCUAUAGUGCAGUUUCAUAUUUCAUAAAUCAACUCGGUUUUGUAGAAGUUUAAUCUGUAAAAUGUACAAUAUGUCUCUCUUAAAUGGAAAUUUAAAAUAAAAUUAAAAAGAUUAAUGGAGUAAAAAACCAGGAAGUAAUAUGACUUAAAAUUCAAAAGUCAAAACAUUUAACUGAAAAUAAAUUGAAAAUGAAAAUAAAUGAAAAUAAUUGAAAAUGAAAAUGAAAAUAAAUGAACGUCAUCGCAGUCCAGAGAUGACCUCCGGGCCGCCGUCGGCCUCCGAGGCCGCGCUGGUCCGUCUGCUUCUGGGCGGGCGGAGACGCAACGUCACGUUCGUCGUGGACAGCUCGGAGGGCGCGAGAGCUGCUCUGGGGUCAGUGAAGCGGCUGCUGAUCCGGACCCUGCUGACGAAGGCUUCGCUCAGGGACUCCCUGUUCAACAUCGUGACCUUCUCCGGCGAGGUCAGUGGGGUCACCGAGAGGCAUCGGGCACACAGAGCCUCUCUGGAGAGUCCCUCUCUUCUUUCUCUGCGCUUCCAGUUGAGCUGCUGGUCCCACCGCAUGCUGCCCUGCGCCCCGGACACCCUGUACCUGGCUCUGUCCUGGAUCCACUCCAUCGGCCGCGGCCCCGGCGGGCGCCGCCUCCUCCUCCUCCCGGCCGCCCUGAGCGUGGCCCUCGCCGACCCGGCCUGUCACGCCGUGCACCUGCUCUGCACGGGCGUCCCCGACGGGCCGGGGGCCUCGUUCACGGGCCUCCCCGCUCUGGCGGCCGGGAGGCCCGUGAACGUCUUCUACCUGCAGGACUCCGGGGGCCGGAUGGACGGCGACGCCAGAGACCAGCUGCAGUGUCUGAGCCGGGCCACUAGGGGGAGCUGUUACGAGAUUUCAGUUGGUUUGAAUGGAGUGCUGGAGACGGUACAGAUUCGAACCCAGAGACUGCAUGCGUCCUCAAAUAUAACAACACACACACGGCUUCUACAUGUGACUGUGGAAGUAUGUUAUUACAACAUAUUUACUCGAUACUUUGAUGUGACUGCGUGUUUCCAUGGUUACCGUCAGGUGAUUCCUCUGUCUGUCGUGGAGACGCGAUCAUCGGCGCCGACGAUCUCCCCAGUUAGGAGUCGCUGUCCGUCCACUUCAGUCUCGAUCCCACACAAGACGCCAUCGCCGCCGCUCAGCCUGUGGUCACCCCGGUGCAGUCUGGGUAAUCCAUGCACGCCGUCUGGUGAACCCGGGGGCGGCUUGUUGGAGUUCUACACAGGAGGCCGAGUGCUGGCCAGGAGGGAGGAGGACGGUCUCUACUACCUGGGGACCGUAACACAGCAAGUACAGGUCGCCGGAGGAAUUUGGGUUGUGGAGUUCGACCGUCCGGGGGGAGGCGGUGUCCCCCCCCCACGAAGGCAGGUGGUCUGCUCCCUCGACAUGGCGAACCACGGCAGAGCAGGUCGCUCUCGUCGCCCGGGGCCCGGCGAUGCUGUGCUGUCGCCGUGGGAACCGGAUCUGAGGAGAUACGGACCGGGGAGAGUGAUGGCCGCCGCCGCCAACGAUGGUUUUGGAGUCGACGGCGCUGCCGGCCUCCGGGUUCUGAUGUGGAACCGCUGCGUGUCUCUGGUUCCCUCCGGGCUGGUUUCGCCCGUUUCGGCUCCUCAACACGACAGAAUAGUCCGGGAGCUCCGGCUCCAGACGUCGGCCUCCCGUCGAGGCUGCAGCUGGCUUCCCUCCUCCUCCUGCACCUCCUCCUCCUCCUCCUCCUGCACUCCCCAGCCGCUCUGCACCGGCCGCUGCCGCUCAUUCCCACCCGGCUGUGGGUCCGGCUUCCGGAGGGCGGAGUGGGAUGAACCGCCGGACCUCAGAGAUACCGAUGUGAGGAGGGGUGACCCCGGGGUGCCCCCCUCCUCCUCUUCUUCCUCCUCCUCUUCAUCUCUUUCUGAGGAUGAGAGCAGAGCGCUGAAGCCGAGGAGGAAUCAGCCGCGUCCUCCCUGGAGGUACUGGAGGCGAACCGGGUCGGAGCCACAACUCACACCGACAGAUCGUUCGGCGAGGACGUCAAGGUUCGUCUUCCUGGCGCCACGGAGCAGCGCCUCGUCCAAUCACAGCGCUCCAUUUCGGUCACUUCCGGGUGCAAAAGGAAGAAGAAGAGCGAACGUCAGAGACGUUUUCGCGGCGACCGACUUCAAACCUCGACCCCCGGCGAGCCGGCGGCCGCUCUCCGUCGGCGACGCCCGCCGCUCCUCCGUGUUCUCGCAACCCGUCAGCCAAUGAAACG